GCGUGUUUUGACGUUUCGACAUAACCUCUCUGAAGAACAUUUUAACCAUGGAGCAUAACGAGAGAAGUGAAUAAAUCAUAAGAGUAUUUUUCUUAGUAUUUUCGGAUAAAUAUACUUAAAGCAAGUGAGAAUAUAGUUAUAAUGAGAGUCCUUGAACUUUACAGUGGAAUUGGAGGGAUGCAUUAUGCUUUAAAAGAAAGUAACGUGGAAGCUGAAGUCGUUCUUUCAAUUGACGUAAGUACUGUCGCAAAUGAAGUCUACAAGUACAACUUCCAGAACACUCCAAACAUCAGCAGAAACAUUCAGUCGCUAAGCAUAGAAGAAAUAAGAAAACUUAACAUCGACACAAUUCUUAUGAGUCCGCCAUGCCAACCCUUCACAAGAGUAGGUCUAAAAAAAGAUGCCUUGGAUAACAGAUCCGCAUCUUUAUUCCAUAUUCUAAAGCUCAUACCUCAAAUCGAAACCUUGAAAUUCAUUUUAGUGGAAAAUGUAAAAGGAUUUGAUACUUCUAAGACAAGGAAUGAGCUCGUUACGAGCCUUCAGAAUAGAUUUAAUUACAAGGAAUUUUUACUUAGUCCAUGUCAAUUCGGUGUUCCUAAUUCGAGGCAUAGAUACUAUCUUUUAGCCAAGAGGAAAGAUCUUAACUUUUGCUUCGAAGAUUCCUCUUUUGUCAGUUCUCUCCCAGAAAAUAUUUCUCGGAUUUUUCCUAACAGCCGGCAUAGGUUAUUGGCUUCUAAAGACGGCUUCUUAAAUCCAAAAACUGAUACAGAAUGUUAUAAACUACGAAACAUUAUACAGGAAGAGGUAGAAGAUAAAUAUCUAAUUUCAGAAAAGACACUUCAGAAGUAUGUAUCGAUUUUGGACAUAAGAAACGAAGAUGCAAAUGGUUCCUGUUGUUUUACUAAAGCAUAUGGUCACUACGUGGAAGGAACUGGCUCUGUAUUUUCUCCAUAUACAGACGAUGUAAUGAAGGAACACUUUUCUAAGCUGAAGAGUUGCAAGGACGUGUCUCUGGAAGAGUUGAAGUCUCUGGUUGGUUUGAAAUUAAGGUAUUUCACGCCCAAAGAAGUGUCCAGGCUCAUGUGCUUUCCGGAAGAAUUUUCGUUUCCAAAUACCGUGACUAAUAAGCAGAGAUACAGACUUUUGGAUUUUUUCGUCAAAUGGAUAAAUCUCGUGUGUAUUGUACUGAAAAAACUGGAGAAAAUAAGGUAUAAUCAACAUUGUUUAAAGAAAAAGACCUCGAGUGACCUUCGGUUACUCUUUAAGUAAGUUAUUUUUAUACUCUAAUUAUUGCAAUAAAUUUCAAUUCUU